AAACAGCAAAAUACGGAGAAAAACAACAAAAUGCAGUUUUUGGCUGGUGCGUAUGAUACAGACCACGGCCCAGAGUUGUUCAGCAUCACUACAGACUGGAGCAGCUCCUUCAUGGCCAAGGCUGAGGGAAUCAGGGCUGGUCCCCACGGAGCACCUGAGUAAUUUGUCACACGUGGCCACGAUGAUGCUCUAGGUCCAGCUGCCCCCAGCCACCUCUCAUUGGAAACAGACCUGUGGUUUGUUUUUUUUUUUUUUUGGAACACCUCAACUCUCACCUUUGCUUGUGAAAUGGAGAUGCUUUUUUUUUUUUUAAACCUUAAGGUUCCCCACCUCUACUUAGAAGCCGAAUUGUUUUCUUUUUUAAACUUUUUUUAACUUUUUAAUAAGUUUCCGUUGCACUGUGUUUCAGUUUUAUCACAACCCCCAAGUACUUCGCUCCACCCACAAUUUUAAAGUUACACAGAUGCUCUUGUUCCUCCUCUUUGUCGUAAUCAUUUUCUGUCUCGUCCAGUGCCCUGGAUCAUCCCCGUUCCCCCAGAUGCCCAUGGACGAAUUUUGGAUCCCUCUUCUCACCACGCUCAUUCUCCUCCACCAAACCACGAGCGCCAGCGACACCCCGGAGCUGAUCAGGGCCGUGGGCGGGUCCGUGACCUUCCACAUCCAGGACACGUCAGGAGGAGAUGUAGCAGUCUGGAGUUUUGGGAAUGUACCCAUAGUGACAGUGUCAUUUAAAAAUCCUUCUACACACGUAUUUACAAAUGACAAAUUUGAAAAGCGUUCUGCUGUCUCCGAGGACGGCCGUGCGCUCAGCAUCUCCCAGCUGACGCUGGAGGAUGCCGGGAACUACUCUGUGAAUAUUAAUGGAAAAACAUCCACCUUCACCCUCCGUGUGUACAGGGAACUGGCAGAGCCCAAAGUGACCUGUGAGGCCCAGAGCUGCUCCUCAGACGGGAGCUGCCACUUCUCCCUGCGCUGCUCCGUGUCUGGCACUGACCUUGGGAAGAUCUCCUACAUCUGGAGAGUGGGAGAUCAGCCACGGGACGAGGGUCGCAUGGUGGUGUUGGUGAAUAAAUCCUCCUUGGAGGAGCCAGAGCCGCUGACAUGCACGGCACAGAACCCUGUGAGCAUCAGGAACGUCACUGUCACCACCCCCGACAUGCUCUGCACAGGCGCCCUCUCCAGCAGUGGGGUCACGAUCGGGCUCAUAGUGACGAAUGGAGUCAAGGUGCUUUUAUUGGUUCUCCUCCUGCUCCUCCAUAAAUCCAAAGGCUGCAGACGAGACACACCUGCCUCGAGCGAAGGUUUUCAUACGUGACCUGACCACGGACAAGUGGGAGGGCAGCAUGAACUCGUCGUUUGGGGCCGUGGGUAUUCUCAUGUCCCAACGGAUACCGGGGUGUGCUGGCACCUGCAAGGUUUGUUCUUCCCGACCUGCAACGUCAGAGACAGAGCGUGGCCGAUGCGCAGCCUUCAAAUGCUGAACAACCAAUCGCCAGCCAGAUCAUCCCUCUACAAGCAGGGAAUGAAAAUCCAUUCGUGUCUGAACUGUUUCGAAAUCAAUGAGAGAUUUUUAGACAGAUUUUAGGAUGUAUUAGAAAUAGUGAUAGAUUUUAAUUCUGGUAAACAGUAGUGGACGCCAUUGAAGCCUCAGGCUGAAAAUGGCUAGGGCUUGAAACUUUUCUCGUGCAGGGGAAGCUUUCCCAGGCUGAGACAGUUUCUCAGUUUAAGCCUGAGCCUUUCCCAGGAUAAUAACACUGGGGAAAAAUAAAAAGGAAUUAAUAACAAGAUUAACACCUGGGCUUCAAUGAUAAACAGUUCUCACGAUUUGUGAGAAAGUUUUGUUUUCUUCAAUUAUCCAAUAGACUGCUGUUCUGUUUGUAGUUUGCGGAACACACUAAAAGAGUGCUCCGUGUCGUUCAAUAAAUGGCUUCUUUAGCCGCCUAGCUAAAGGAGUCCGUGUCGUUAUUUUGCAAAAUACAUCGCAAGUAGCGACAAACAGUAACAGAUCUCACUGUUGUAUUAGAAAUAGCACUCUGGUAAUUGACUUCUUGCUGGGAAGAGCAAGAGGUUUGAAGAUUUCCUGAGCACUCAAGGGAUCCUCAGGUCUCUUGAGUUGUGUUUGUUCUCCCCUGCAAGGGGCCCCGCAAGGAACCGCAAACACUUUUUUUUUUUUUUUUUUUUUUUUUUUUU